AUGAUUGUCGGCCCAUUGCAAGCAUUCGAAUUAGAAUACGCAAAUCUCGCAUUGAUAAGAAUGGUGCAGCUAGAACACUUCGGCAAGGAAAUUAAGGUUUUAAGCGGAAGUACACAAGUAGCCACAACAAGCAAGCUAUUUAGAUUACGACCAUAUUACGAUAAAGAAAAACUUCUACACGUCGGCGGUCAAUUAAAAAAUGCAAUAUACCUGGACAUACAUCAGCGAAACCCGAUAGUCCUACCCAGUGAUAAUCCGUACACACGGCUAUUAUUUCGCCGUGAACACGUACAACUUUUGCAUAGCGGUCCACAAGCACUCGUAGCCUCGAUUCGGCAGCGGUAUUGGUCGUUGAAGGCGCGUAAUAUUGCGCGUGAUACUGUGCAUAAAUGCGUAACAUGUUUUAGAUUAAAACCAGUUAUCGUGCAGCCGAUUAUGGGUGACCUACCGCGUGAUAGAGUAACACCGAGUCGGCCGUUUUCGCGUUGUGGUAUCGACUUUGCUGGUCCGAUAAUGAUAAAAACGAGUUUACGAAGAAAGGCGGCAUGUUCAAAGGGGUACAUCGGAAUAUUUGUUUGCUUUGCAACGAAGGCGUUUCACAUUGAAUUGAUUAGUGAUUUAACGACGAAAACAUUUUUACAAGCUUUAAACCGAUUUUUUGACCGUCGAGGCCGAAGUUCAGUCAUAUAUUCAGACAACGCUACAAACUUUAUUGGAGCACAAAGGCAACUCAAAGAAAUAUUUCAAUUUUUUCAGUCCGUGGAUCACCAAAACGAAAUUGUAACAGCUCUCGCGGAUAAAGGCGUCGAAUGGAAGUGCAUACCGCCCCGCUCGCCGCAUUUUGGCGGGUUGUGGGAGGCGGCGGUAAAGUCUAAGAAGAGUUUAUUAUACAAAGUGUUAGGUGAGGCGAGGCUUACAUAUGAGGAAAUGAGUAAGGUACUAACUAGGGUAGAGGCUUGCUUAAAUUCCCGUCCUAUAACACCAAUGUCCUCCGAUCCAACCGAUUUGACUGUUUUAACGCCCUGUCAUUUUUUAACCGGAGACGCUAUAACUGCGGUGCCCGAGCGUGAUGAGACUGCCACACCUGAUAACCGGUUGGACAGGUGGCGAAGAGUGACAAAAUACUCUCAAACACUGUGGAAUCGCUGGAGUACUGAGUAUCUGAAUCAGCUUCAGGAAAGGGUUAAAUGGGCAGGUGCGAAAGGUCCGUCAGUAAGAAUUGGGACAAUGGUAAUACUUCGAGACACCAACCUGCCUCCUUUGCAGUGGCGCUUAGGACGAGUGGUCAAGGUCGAGCCUGGUGCAGACGGUGUGAUCCGCGCAGCAUCGGUUCAAACCAGUAGCGGUGUAUGGAAAAGGGCGGUGCGUUUACUUUGUCCUUUGCCAUUUGAGGGGAAUGCUACUUAG